ACACUCCGCGCCUCGACGGACCCCGAACAAUGCUCCGUCGAUCCCAGACCGAGGGAGGUUUGUUCACGCAGACGCCCGCCAAUGCACGAACUGCCGUUGAGAUUGCCCGUGAUCUUGCCGCAGCAAGAAACGCAUACAAGAAGCAUGACUCGACUGCCUCGAUAGCUGCUCACAAGAACUGCAAAUGUAACAAAGCCGAAGGAAGCUUAAACGAGCCAGGUCACGCGGUCAACUCGAUGAAGAACUCGAUGAUCAAAAUCGUGGCCGAUGCAGGAGUGUCAGCAAUCGGUUUCAACAUGCUCCUGCUGAGUGUAUUAUAUGGGACAGCUUUAGGCCCCGCAGUACUGUUGAAAACGUCCGCGCGCUUGGCCUUGGCAAGCACCCUUUCAACGGCGAUAUUUGCUGGUGUAUUGGCCUACCGCCGCAAUGAAGAGCAAAAAUUCGAGUACGAGCGCGAACGCCGACGUGAAAUGUGGGAGCUCGAUAACUUUCCCCAGGGCGAAAAGGACGAGAUGAUCGAACUGUACACGGCAAGAGGUAUGACUAUGAAGGACGCACGAACCGUCAUCGACUUGAUGGCGACAUACGAGAACUUUUUUGUCGACACCAUGAUGAUUGAGGAAUUACACCUCUUCCCACCGGACACAACCGUCAGUUCUGCCGCCGUAGGCGCAUCGACAAGUGUUGGUACAGUCUGCUUUGGCCUGGUGCCGUGGGUCCUCGCCGCUGGGUGCACCUUCGUCACGUCUUUCUCUGGUCAAUCGUUGGUCUCUGCAUGGGCUCUUUCUACAAUCUUGUCGGCGGCGGUGGCCACGUUUCUUCGCAUUUACACGGUACAUCCAUACAUCUAUUGUUUCACCGAACGCUUACUUGAGUCCACGUAGUUCUCUGGGUCGGAACAUUUCAAAUCGUACUACAUCGGCCGCCUCCACAUGGAGCUUCCGUAUGCAGUCGAGUUGGGUGUGGGUCUGUUUGUCGCAUUAGCUGGGACCGCGUGGGUGUGCUUCACCCUAACAGGGGCACCAGUCGAGUGACGGAAUGAGAGGCAUAUUUUUUAUUAAGGCGAGAGUUCCGUCGCCAAGAAGUCGUCGUCAUUACAUAGUAG